GACUUUUUGUCUGACGCAAAGUGUAUUUAUUUAACAAUUACUUGUUAACUUGAGUAUAAAUUACGAACAUUUAUACUAUUCAAAGUGCAUAUUUAAAUGUAGUAAUAGCACCACUCAGUAAACGAAGGUGAACUGUCAACGUUAUUUUAUAUUUCAGUUGGCGAAAAAUGAGCGCGCACACCGUUUAAAAUGGCGGAAUAGCACCGCCCAAUGAGCUAACGUGAACUGUCGACAUUUUAUAUUUCAGCCGCCGAUUUAGCGCGCCCGCUCUUCAACUUGUGAUGCUUAGUGCAAACCUUUGGCACCUGCUAACUCCCUGCUAACGAGGGUGAUCCAAAUCUGUGUGGACCAGCCCGGACAAUUCAAAACUAUAACUCAGCAAUUGACCGCAUCCAAGCAGAAGGAGCACAAGACGUGGAAGGAGUAAAAUUCAGAAUGGAUGACGUAGAGCCAAGCAACAUAAGCAGUGCCAUUACUAAUGUGUUACCAGACCUACCAACCUCAAAUCUAAAUAUUGUAUUGGAGACAUUACAAUCUUUAGGUGUGGGAGCCACUGAAGAUUUACAGUAUAUUAAGGAAGCUGAUCUGCUCACAGUACUGAGACCAGUUCAAGCUAGAAAACUGUUGGCUGCAUGGAAACAAUCCACAGAGACAACUGAAUUCCAUAGUCAGUCAACAUUGACCUCUCCAGUGUCCUCAGCGUGCUCCUCAGUCUCACUGUCUUCCUCACCCUCACCCUCACCAUCACCCAGACACAUGAUUGCUACUGCAGAUUGGGUCGACAGCUUCCAGAUUCCAUGGGAGAAGCUCCCAGAAGCCUUAAUGCAGAGUUUGGAGAGAGGGAAAAGGCCAAGCUCAAAGUUACGCAGAGAAAUGAUCCGAAUUGUAGUUGCUGAAAUGAUGCAUGCCUCUUCUUCUCCUGGUAAACAAUCCUCCACAGAGGUUGCGAAGAAAAUGGUAGCAAAGUAUCCACUGUCACUGCAAGAUGUUAUAGAAGGUGAUGUGGUAGGAACAGGAUAUCACUCACUCGUCAAGCAGCUGCAAGCACGAAUUGAAAAUGUAAAGCGGUCUUCAGUACCAAGAAUAUUAAAGCGCAGACGGGGGUCAGAUGAAUUUGACACAGAUGAAAUCACAGCUGAACAGAGGGCAGCUGUUCAGGACACAUAUGGCUGCAUAAAGUGGGAAAUGAAGUUUAUGCCAGUGAGUGAGACACUGGAAAGCCAAGAAGAGAAAAAAGAGAAAAUGAAAGUGAUAUUUGAACAGGCAACCUUCAACACAGAGGAGGUAAAACAUCUCAUGAAGUGCACAUACUUCUCCCAGCGUAAAUCAGUGAACAGUGGAACCGAUCUGCAAUUCCUCAUGCAAGAGUGGCCUUUCUUAUUCAAGGAAGUUGGCAUGGCAGUUCACUUUCAUGAAUUAACUGGUGUUUCCCUGAAAGAGACUUUCCUCAGUAAUGUUGAAAAAAAAGGAAAACGUGUUUUAGAUUUCAUGAGAAGUGUUUGUGCAGAAAAAAGCAAACAUGUUUUGCAAGCGGCCACAAAGCUGAAAAUUCUGAGAGGACAGCUGGAGGGCUGCUCAGAAGAUGUAAAAGAUCUGGUGCUCCUCAUCCUCUCCUACUUUAAUGAAAAAGAGGAGGACUUGUUCUUCUAUGUGGAAGAAACUUGUAUGGCAAAAGAAGUACAAGUGGAAGGCUUACCUGUGACUCCAUGCAUCAUUGUAUGCGGAACAUCAUGCUAUGCUGCAAAGCAUUUCAUGCUGAGUGUUGACCAGAAAAUUGUCAACGAAUACAUCUCCACCUUCAUCUCGGCUGUUUGCAUGAUGUUUGCAACCUACUACUGCCUCAACAUUCACUAUCCUGUGGGUCUGGGCUCCACACUUGAGUUUAUUCAGAGGUGUUUCUUCAACAUCAAUCCUGAGAAGGGCACAAAAGUGGAAACUAAGAAAAACAAGAAACAGCUAACAGUGAAUCCAAGAGUCCUCACACUCAUUGCAGAUCUCUCAGAUCAUGAGUGGAGAGAGGCAUGUUAAAUAUGGACUUUCAGUUCACAUCAUUUGAAGUGUUAACACAACACGUAUACACCACUAAUUGAGUUUUCAGUUUACCUUAUCUGUUAACCACCAACAAAGAAAGUACGCUUUUAGUAUUUGGGUUAAUGAUAAUGUUUUAUUGAGCAUUGUUUUUGUUUAAUUGGUAAACUGGCUUAUUCCAGAUUUUGUUAAAAGUACAAUGUAACAGACAUUUUUGUUAAAGGCUGCAUUUGUUCCAUUUUUUUUCUAGUUUUCAUUGAGGGAAAGAGCAAAUUUAUAUACUAAAUUUAUUUUUCUAAAGAUGUUACAAAACAAAUUCAUUAUACUCCCUGCACAUAGUGUUAUAUGCUUAUGAUUUUGGCAUUUAUAAUUAUUAUUAAUUUAUUUUUUUUGUUUCAAAAUAUUCUGGUACUAGCAAGGAGUUCAGAGUGUUUGGCUGAUUACAUGCGGAGUUUAAUAAACCUUUUGGAAAAUGCUUUCCAGACACCUUUUUUUCAGUGAUUAUUGUGACACUUCAGAUUAAGUUAAUGACUGGUGGGAUUGCUAAAAUCUAAGAAUCUACGUAAAAGUAAGUAAACUAAACACUUGAGAAUAUUUAUGUAAUUAUUUUUACACAAAACAGCAUGUGUAAACACAUUCUAUAAGCUAAAUAUUGCAUAUUGUGUAAAAUUAAAGCUUUUAUCUUCUAACACAUUUCAGGCACUGCAUUCAACCUUCACUAGAUGAUGACUUCAAGGAAACACAUUUCUGGACAAAAACAACACUAAAGUUCAUCAGGAAACAAUGGAAAGAGAUCAGGAUUGCAACUUUGGUUGCUGCAAUAACGGUAUGUGUUGUGUUGAACUUGUUGAGCGGCUUGUGAAGCACAGCUGUUGUUUUUCCCUAAAUGUAGCCAUUUAUUUAGUACAUGUAGUGUGCAUACUGCUUUUAAAAGAGUGAAAGAUAUGCUUGAAACAUUUUUGUCUUAUUUAGGACAAUAUAUUUUCUUAUGUCUGCCAGAGUUUGAACACAAGGACUCUCUUUUCCUGACAAGUCUCUAUUUGGAUAAGAGACCUUUCAAGUAUAAAUUUGGGUAAGUUUUGUUGAUUAUUAAACAUCAAUUUAAAAGUACUAAUUACCUAUUUAACUCUUGCUUUACCUUACACAGAUGAGCAAUUCGGUGCUUCCAACUUUGCAGAAACGGGGUGUGGCCAGGCUCUAAGCUUCAGUGAGUACAUAUAAAUUAUAAGCUUUUAAAUUAACUGCCAUGCAUCAAUUUGUCAGAUCAUACAUGCUACUGUUUGGUCAGUUGCUCAACUAACCUUACUCUGUUGGUAUCACAAAAUUGUAGAACUAAAAUUACCUUUCAUUAAAAGAGUAUUUUAUUACAACCCAAACGUGUUUCCAAUCUUUCCUUGUAUAGCAGUGGAUUGUCCUAAUUUACAAUCUCAAAACAGAUUUUUAUGCUUGAUCUCAACUGAAGUGUAAUUUUAUUUUAGUUUAUAUUUAACUUAAUUUUAUGCUAGCUUUUAAAAAAUAAUAAAAAAUUAUAUUGCUAAAGUUGUCUUGCACAUUUACAGAACAAUAUUACCACACAUUCAUCACAUUGUCAUCUUAGUAAAGUUUGUGUUUAAAAAAAAAAAAAGAGUAAAGAAAAUCUCAGCUAAAUUGUAUUAUAUUUAUGUACAUUGUUUACAUUAUUAUUAUUAUUCUUUUGAGUUGGAAAUAACACAAACUGCUCAAUAUUUCGAAACUGCAGCAAUAUUUACUGUAGCUAUUGUGUAAAUGCUAAAAUUAGUUAUAUUUAUUUAAUAACUAUUAAUGUUAGAAUUGUUCCUUUUUUGUUUCUUUUCCCCUGUUCACAGAGAGGACCUUCUAAAAGUUCCGGUUUUCUGAACAUUGUAUCCUGUGUGUAAGAGACCUCUCUUCAGUCAAGUCUGGACCCAGUCAGACGCCAGUCUUAAGGAUAAUUGAUGAGAGAUCAUGCCAGUCCAUAUUGAAAUAGUGACUACAUGCAAGACUUCAAGCAGUACUACAUUUCAAGUUUGGAACAUACACAGUCCUGUGUCUUCCGUCAAGUGUGGGCUCAAUAUUGUUCAACCAGAGCAAGCAGCCCUGAUGGAUGUACAGUAUAUGUCUUCAUUGAUUAUCCUUACUUUUAUAUAUGGACACAUUUUAUUUCCAACAUCAACACGCCUUUGUGAGUACACUGGUCAAGUUAUUGGAUCAGCUCAAACUGUUUUAACACAGUCCCUGUAUGUAGUUUCAUUAAAAUCUAAUAAUUAUAGUUUGUGCCUUCAGUUGCUAUAGACUGUAUUUACUAGUUCAUUUUGCAAUUCAAAAACCUGAUUGAUUGUUGUAAAAUCUGUGGCAAACAACUGUAAUGUCUUUUGUGUUUUACCGUGUUUUUUACGGUAAAGUUCUGGCAACCACAGCUGCCGGUAAUUUUCUGUAAAACUGAACUUUACAAUAAAAUACUAUUAUAUUUAAUACAGUUGUUUUAUGUUUAUUACGGAAAUAGAAUGUAGUUAGUUUUACAGUAUAUUUAUUAUACACAGUAGUUUACUGUAAAGGAAUUUACACUUACGACUGCUAUUUUUAAAGUAAUUUACUGUAAACAUGUUUACAAUACAUUUGUUUUAUUUAACAGAAAUUUACUGUAAACAUACAGCAGUUUUCAACUGUAAAAUUUACAGAUCAUCAAAAAGUAUUCUGUAAAGCAUUGCACGUUGCAACCUUAUAUUUUACGGUGAACUUCUGGCAACCACAGCUGCCGGUAUUUUACCGUAUAUUUCACC